GUCUUCCAGAAGCGGAUGGCCGAGUCGGGCCGCCUGAGCGAGGCGGAGAUGGCGCUCAUCUUCGUGAACUGGAAGGAGAUCAUCGCGUCCAACGCGAAGCUGCUCAGGGCGCUGCGGGUGCGGAAGAAGACGGGGGGCGAGAAGAUGCCGGUGCAGAUGGUGGGGGACAUCGUGGCGGCCGAGCUGGCCCACAUGCAGGCCUACAUCCGCUUCUGCAGCUGCCAGCUCAACGGGGCGGCCCUGCUGCAGCACAAGACGGACGAGGACCCCGACUUCAAGGAGUUCCUCAAGAGGCUGGCGUGUGACCCUCGGUGCCAAGGCAUGCCGCUGUCCAGCUUCCUGCUGAAGCCCAUGCAGAGGAUCACGCGCUACCCGCUGCUCAUCAAGAACAUCCUGGAGAACACCCCAGAGAGCCACGUGGACCACUCGGCCCUGAAGCUCGCCCUGGAGCGCGCCGAGGAGCUCUGCUCGCAGGUCAACGAAGGGGUCCGUGAGAAGGAGAACUCGGAUCGGCUCGAGUGGAUCCAGGCCCACGUCCAGUGCGAAGGCCUCGCCGAGCAACUCGUCUUCAACUCGCUGACCAACUGCUUGGGCCCGCGCAAGCUGCUGCACUGCGGGAGGCUGUACAAGGCCAAAAGCAACAAGGAGCUCUUCGGCUUCCUCUUCACCGACUUCCUGCUGCUCACCCACAGCAGCCGGCCCUUCCCCACCCCCACCGGCCUCGACCGCCUCUUCAGCGCCAAGUCCGGCGUCCAGUUCAAGAUGUACAAGACGCCCAUCUUCCUGAAUGAGGUCCUGGUCAAGCUGCCCACCGACCCGUCCAGCGACGAGCCCCUCUUCUACAUCUCCCACAUCGACCGUGUCUACACGCUGCGCGUAGACAACAUCAACGAGAGGACGGCCUGGGUUCAGAAGAUCAAGGGGGCUUCGGAGCAGUACAUCGAGACGGAAAAGAAGAGGCGGGAGAAGGCCUAUCAGG